CAUUAUUUUCAUUUUCUUCCUUAUCAACCUUCUUACUUACUAUUGGAAUAAGAUCAUACACAAACUCAUACACACUCUCUUGCUUAAAUUCUAUUAGCUUUGUUCAAUUUUCAUGGCUACUACUGAAUCUUCAACAACUCAGCAGCCAACUGAGACCAGUGUGAUGGAAGAAGUUAAAGCAGCAGAAACCCUAAAAACUGAGGAACUGCCAAGUGAGACAAAGCAGAUAUCUAUUGCAGGAGUUGAAGAGAAAUCAGCUGUAACUGAUGCUCCUGAAGUUGUUGAGAAACCAAAGGAGAUUUCGGAUGUUCCUGCCGUGGAAUCUGAAGGAGUCGCGGUAAAAGAUCUUAAGGAUUCAGGAGCCGUGGCGGUAAAAGAAGUUGAGAAAAUAGGAUCACCAGUUCCAGAAGUUGGCCUGAAACUGGAGGAACAAUCUGAAGCUGUAAAACCAGAAACAGUUCAGGAAAUCGGGAAACCGGUAAAAGAUGGACCUGCGAAAGAAUCAGAAACAGUUGGGAAGGACAGUGAAAAAGUUGAAUCAGAUUCAGUAGUUGCUAAAGUAGAAGAGAAGCCAAAGGAACAAUCUGUAGUUACAGAACAAGUCAAAUCUGAAACUGUAGUUCCUGAGAUAGAAACAAAGCCAGAAGCAGUUCCUGAAGUGGAAACAAAACUGAGAGAACAACAAUCUGAAAUUGCAGAAAAAGUUGAACCAGAAUCAGUAGUUCCUGAAGUAGAAUCGAAACCAACAGAACAAUCUGUAGUUACAGAACAAGUCAAAUCCGAAACUGUAGUUCCUGAAAUAGAAACAAAGCAAGAAGCAGUUCCUGAAGUGGUUACGAAACCAGCAGAAAAACAAUCUGAAAUUGUAGAAAAAGUUGAACCAGAAUCAGUAAUUCCUGAAGUAGAGUCGAAACCAAAGGAACAAUCUGAAGUCACCGAACCAAUUGAAAAAGUAGAAGCGGUUGAAGCAAUUGAGAAACAAGGGGUGUCAUCAGAAGCUCCUCCGGUCAAAAAACCAGAUGAAGUGUCAUCAGAUGAACACGCAGAGAAACCAGAAGUAGCAGUCCCUGAAGUUGAGGUAAAACCAGUGGAGAUUUCUACCGGAAGUACUGAAUCAGUUGAAAAAGCUGGUAAAGUUCAAGAUCCUGAAGCUGAUGUGAAACCAGAAGAGCAAACUGUUGUGACUGAAAAAGUUGAAAAUCCAAAAGUAGUUGAUCCUGAAGUUGAGGUGAAACCAAAGACAGACUCUGAAGUAGCAGAACAAGUAGAACUUAAGGCGACGGACGAAAAAACAGAAUUAUCUGUGCCCGACGUAAAACCUGGGAGCGAAACUGAAGGUGCUGGACAAGUUGAGCCCAAGGAAAGUAUUAAAAUUGAAGCUGUGUUAGAUGAAGAGAUGAUAAGAGAUAAAGCUGAAGAUUCUGAAGGGACUGCAAUUCCAGAAAACAAGAAAGAAGAUGACAUGAAGGUGGAAACACCAACUUUAGCUGAAACCAUAAAGAAUGUGACUGCAGAGGAAAAAUUGGAUGAACCGAUUCAAGAAUCUCAAGAGUCUGGUUCAGCAGUAAAAGAAGAAGAAACUGCAAAAACCGGUGUCGAGGAGGUGGCAAAAUCUGAAGGUGAUGAUACAAAAACAUCCCGGGACCUUCCAGCCGAAGCUCCAGCGAAAAAGCAAUCAAAUAACAUUUUAACAAAGGUGAAACAAUCACUCGUCAAGGCGAAGAAAGCUAUCACCGGGAAAUCUCCAGGCUCGAAAAACAUUGCUUCUGAUGCAAAGGAUGAUAUUAAAGUGAAAUAAUUCAAAGGGAAUGACACAGUUUGCAUAAACAUAAAAAGGUUGUGAAUUUUGCUUUCUUGAUAUACAAGGUUUAGUUGUGACUUGUGUGUAAACUCAUUUUUUUUCCUCCUUUUGCUCUAUUUUUUCAUUGGUAUGUAUUGUUUGUGUGGUGUUUGUUGCCUAUUUGAAGUAAUGAUACAAAAAAAUAUCAGUUGUGAAAAA